UGUCUAUCUAUUUAAAACGAGUAUUGUGUUGGGAGCGGACCGGGACGGGCGCGAUCCCGCUCAGUGUUCGGUUACGAAAUAACCAUGAAUUCCACGAAGAAGGAAAUCCCAACCUGCGAAGUGUGUCUACAACCCGCCAACCAAACUUGCGGAGGCUGCAAACUCGUGUACUACUGCUCCAAAGCCCACCAGAAACUAGGUUGGAGGGAAGGCCACAAAUUCAAAUGCUGCGCCUUCAAAAUACAGUACUCCGACACUUAUGGACGACACAUGGUUGCCACCAGAGACAUCAAGCAAGGUGAAAUGAUUCUGAAAGAGAAACCAGCAGCGCUAGGUCCCAAAAUGACGUGCCCGGCUCAGUGUUUGACCUGUGGAAGAAAACUAGAACCAAUAAAGGUCAAGGACACGUACGAUUUCUAUAAAUGCACAUCAUGCAACUGGCCUAUGUGCGGACCGGAGUGUGAAAAAGCCGAUGUGCAUAAAGCAGAAUGCAAAAUUAUGACAGAUAGGAAAUACAAGUGCAACAUUAAAUUCGAGCACCAAGAUAAAGCAGAAGCAGCUUAUUGUGUUAUUGCUCCACUUAGAGUGUUGUUAAUGAAUACCACAAACCCUUUACAGUACGAAAAUGUUAUGGCAUUAGAGUCUCAUUUGGAGGAUCGGAUGAAUACGCCAUUGUACACAGUUCUAAAAGCUAAUCUGGUAACUUUUGUUAUACAAGUCCUCGGACUACCCUUUGAUGAGGAAACGAUAUUGAAAGUGGCCUCGAUAUACGACACCAACUCCUUUGAUGUUAGGUCCCCAGAUGGAUCUAAGAAGUUAAGGGCUAUUUAUGUCACUGCAUCCAUGAUGAACCACAGUUGUACGCCUAACACCCGCCAUAUUAUUAUUGGUGAUGAUUAUCAUGUGGCAUUUAUAGCAACAGUGCCAAUUUCUAAAGGUGAUUUGAUAACGGCUACAUACACCCAAUCUCUAUGGGGUACUCUGGAUAGAAGAAAACAUUUGAGAAGCGCAAAAUGUUUUGACUGUGAAUGUAACAGAUGUAAGGACCCAACUGAACUUGGAUCUUAUUUAGGUAGUAUUUACUGUUCAAUUUGCAAUGGACCUGGAGUGUUUGGUUCAGAGAAACCACCUAUGAUGGUAUCCUCAAACCCAUUGGACGAAGCAGCACCUUGGAAGUGUGAGAAAUGUGACCACUUUAUACUGAGCCGGCAAAUGUUUUGGGGAAAUAACGCACUGUCCGAGGAAUUGAAGAAAUUGAAGAAGGAUGGCCCAAAAGGAUUUGAAGAGUUCAUUCAGAAAUACAGUCAAACCCUACAUCCGAAUAAUCAUUUAGUGGUUCAAGCCAAGUUGGCUUUGGUGAAAAUAUAUGGAAACUUCAAAGGAUACAUGCUAUCAGAACUCUCUGACAACGUACUUCAGCGCAAGAUAGAGCUAUGCCAUGAUCUUCUGGAGCUAGCAGACAAGCUGGAGCCAGGCUGGACCAAAUUCCGUGGGACACUUCUGCUGGAUUUACAGGCAGCCCUAACAGUCCAGACUAAACGAGAGUUUGAAGCAGAAAAAAUCACCAAGGCUGGUGCUCAGGACCAGCUCAUGGAAAGUAUGGUGUUGCUGCAAGAAGCUGCCAACAUCCUACGAGUGGAACCUGACAUGAAAGAAAUCAUAGAAGCCAAAAUACAAGAAGUAGCUCAACAAUUAGAUACAACGGAUUGCAACGGCGAUUCGGCCACAUCAGAUGCAUAAGAAAAGUCAUGAAUUUUGUGAAAAUACUUAUUUAUUGUUAUUAGAGAAAUAUUAUCAAAAAUAUCCCUGACAGUGACACAGGUAUUAUUUAUUUUAUAGUCUUGAUUAUUGUAUAAAACCAGCAAUAAAAAUGGUCAAUACAAAACGUCAAUUCCA